AAGAUCUAUGCAAAAAUAGUUAAAGGUGGCUUUAAAAAAAAAAGACGCUAAAAAGGAAAACCUAUCCGACAGAUUGGUCUUUUAAUCAAUUAAGCCCCCCUUUGAAGCGUGGUGUCUUUACCCCGGUUGGCGCUACACUAUUCAGUUAAAUCCCACCGUCAUUGACUUGAGGAGAUUUAUUUAGAAUCUUGUCACAGGAGGAACGCGGUCGCCGUAAAAUACAUAUUCCUAAAGCCGACAUCUUCAAGCCUUUAUUUGUACGUCUGUUAGCCCAAUGAAUGCGACUUUUAUUCCUUUUUCGUGGUAAAUUUUCCGCUCAUUAACAACACGUGUGUGAUUCCCAGGGAGCUGUAUAUAAGACUAUAUACUUGUGCAGUGUGAUGUACAUUAAUAAUGCACAGUUAAUUGUUUGUUUUAUGCCUGGGAUUAAAUUUCAAGCAUUGCAUGGCCUCUCCGGAAAUAUUUAAUUGAUGACACAAAAAUACAAGAGAAGGGCCUAUAUUUUUUUUUUCAUGACAUAAGGAAGUUUUAAUGAAUCAACGAAGCGCUCGUGUGAAGGGAGAGUUCAGAAACGUCUGUCGUGUGUGAGACAUUGAACAGAAAAUAUAUCAGAGCCACAGUUGAAUCCGAUUAGAUCAAUUGCUUUUGAAUUGGAAAUCCCCGAUUCUAGAGCGAACCAUGUAAACAAUCCACGUGGUUCAGGGGGAUCAAUCGCGUGUUGUCCACGGGGAGUUAUUACCACUAUACAGCACUGUACAAAGGUGGCAAAUCAUUGUACGGAGAUAGAAAGAGCUGAUUAUUAUUGAAACCUUAUUGCAGAGAUUGAGCGUAGGAAUUUUACUAUAGAAUUGGAAAUAAAUCGGAUGUGAGUUCAAGAAAGAAAGGCAUAAACUACAAAGCAUGGGUGCAGGCGUUUCCCGCCAUGGUCAGGUACGACGAAAAGUGCAGGCUGUGAAUGCGUUUGAAGACGCCGGUAAACGACACAGGCGACAAAAGAAUCCCAAGAAAAGCAAUGAUGUCGCCAUGAGGGAAAAAGUGAAAGAAGUGACGUCAUCAGAAAGGGGGUCCCGAUCUCACUGGAUGAGAGUCAAGGAGCGGACUAUUUCUAAAACGGAGUUAGAAGCUAGAUCCGCCCUUCGACUCAGUGACUUUAAUAAAGUGGUUAGAAAACGAACGUUAGAGAAAGACGAUGACGUGCCAAUUGCCAUACCAUAUGUUUCAAAUGAAAAGGUUGAACCGGAAGAACUAUGUCACGUGUGCAGUGUGUAUACCGGAAGAGAAACCUAUCCUUGUCGGAUCUGUUACAAAGUGUACCACGAAAGCUGUCUCCGAAAACUAGGUCAGUGUAAUGACCCAGCGUCUUCUGUCCUCCUUAAGAAAGCCCUCAAACCCACGGGAUGGAGUUGUCAGAAUUGCGACGACCUGAGCAGCUUACUGACGGAAGAAGAACUCCACAAUCUGUUUUCCUCUCUGGACCGGUAUGAAGUGGCGCAAGAUUCCAGUAUAGGGUUGGAGGAUUUUAUGGAAUAUCGAAAGCGUUGCUAUGGCGACCAAGAUGGCGGCGAGGUGCCAAAGGAUGCCCUACAAGAAGAUUUGGCGCGCUUCCAUCGGAUUGACAAGGACAACACCGGGUCGAUCACGUGGUGGGAAUUUAUCAACUUCGAAUCAAUCCGUACUCUGAAGAAGAGAAAUAAGAACUCCAUCGUACAUCUGCUGUCACCAAGGGAAAUAGAAAUCGCCCGGCGACUGUUCCGCGUUUAUGACGACGGUUGCGAAGGAAACAUCACCGAAUUCAAUGCCAAGAAAACCAUCGCUGCUUUCUACACUCUAUUUAUAGAAUGUGACGACACACUUAAUGGAUUUGCUUUGUUAUCAAAAAAGGAUGAAGAGUUGUCUUGUGUUCUGAAUGAAAGUUUGUCUUUUACAAUGGACUGUGAACCCAACGGACCCAGAAGUGUGUCCUGGCAGGAUUACCUGUUAGAACUAAGUCUCUAUAGUUUAGCGGCACGACCUAACUUAAGUCCGGUACCGGUGGAGAGUUCCGAAUGGACCAAAGGCGACCUGUUUGGGGUCAGUAUGGUCCUCCCCCUAAUAUCCACCCACGCCAGGGAUCUAGGAGCCACGCCCACAGUAACAGGAAUUAUAGGAUCUACAUAUGGAGCUCUGCAGCUGUUUUCAAGUCCUAUUGUGGGACAGUGGAGUGACAUUGUAGGGAGGAAGUUCUGUCUCCUCUUCUGUUUGCUGGCCUCAGCGGGGGGAUAUUUCCUCAUGGGCUUCUCUACCACCCUCAUUGUCCUAAUGCUGUCCAGGAUUCCUACAGGUAUCUUCAAACACAGCCAGAGUGUAUCUAGGUCUUACCUGACAGACGUGUCCCCCCGGAGUGAGCAGUCUGGGGUGCUGGGGACCUUCAAUGCUGCCUCCAGUAUCGGCUUUAUCCUGGGGCCGAUGGUGGGGGGUCGGCUGGCAGAGACCAGUGGAGGAUUCUACAAGGUCACCUUCCUGUGUACUGCUAUUUUUGUUCUCAAUGCAGUGUUUAUGUGGGCAGCAGUGGAGGAUAAAGAAUCCAGCAGUUAUAACAAGGAAAACAAACCGCUGAGAAACGAUUCAGAGGAUUCCUUGAAAAAACUAAAUUCAGGUGAAGAGAACUUCAGUCCAAAACUUCUUCUUCAAUCCUUUAGAACGUUUGACUGGAAAAACCUUUGGGAUCUGUUUCUAAUCAAAUUCUGUCUGGGCUUCUCCAUAUUACUGUACAGGAGCAACUUUUCAUUGACAAUGCGGGAGAUAUUUCAUUUGUCACCAAGUAAUAUCGGUUACCUUAUUUCAUAUUCAGCAACCAUCGCAGCUCUCAGUGGAUUUCUAGUGGGUAGAAUCUCAAAACUGUUUAGAAGUGAUGCACAGAUAGUUUUAUAUAUGAGUGUAUUUCAGACUUUAACUCUGUUAUCUUUGAGUAUUGUCAGUAACAUUGUACUCUAUGUGAUAUGUUAUACCCCUCUAAGCAUAAUUUCUUCAAUGCUGAGAGUUGCCUCUACAAGUCUAACGAUACAACGUUGUGGCGGGAAAAAUGUGGGAGGUGUUAUUGGUAUGAGUCAGAGUGUGAUGUCAUUAGCGCGCAUGCUCUCUCCAUUCAUUUCCGGACUUGUUAUGGAAGUGAGUUACUCAGGCAGUGCGUUUGUUGGAUUUUUGGUGUCAAGUAUUGCUGUGAUAUUAUUGAUUUUGAGGCCUCAAGAACCGAAAGUUUAUAAAGAAAAGGUGCAAUAAAUAAAAAAAAAAUGU